AUGGCCCAACGUUCUUCAAAUUAUCACAGUUACUCAGAUUUCAAAUCUAAAACCCUCUCCAAUUUCAAAAGUUCCAAUUCCACCCCACGAAGUGAGCCAUCUUCUCGUAAUCAUUGAAAAUCUUUUAGAACUGAGCUCCGAAACGAACUCUGACGCAAAAAAACUCCAGUAAAGCUAGCUCAUUACUCCGAUCUGUCUAAUUUUAAAUCCCAAUCACCAAGGACUUCUCCAUUUGACAAAUAUCGUAGAAAUCCUGGUCUUUUUUACAGCUCAAUAAGCUCUCUUGAAUCAUCAGCAUCCUCAGGUUUUUCAUCUCCAAAAAGAUCGGCAACCCAAAUCCAAGAACUUCUUCCUCUUGAGACCAUAAUUCAUGUCCAAGAAGCUUUGGAAUCCCUUGAUAGCAGUUCUCUCACACCACUUUAUUCUAAACAGCUGCUUAAAUUGGGUUCACUUAUUCAAUCUAUCCUAUUUAAAAUAAAUUUCACUAUUAAAUUAUUAUUUUUUAAAAAUGAAUAUAUUUAUAAAUAGGAAUAAAUUAAAACGAUUCUAA